ACCUUAGUGUCAAUAUAAAGCGCCGCUUCCAUGCUCAUUGAAACCACUGAUAAGUAAUGAAAACAGGGAAGGAUUAAGAUAAACCUGCAUUUAUCCGUUGUUUACAUCACUGCGACUUGAACAUUACUCAUCUCGCGGUAAAUUACGAGAUCAAAUUAGGAAAAUGGCCGACAAGGCGGGAGAGAAGAAAUCGAACAACCUUUCCUCUUUGGAAGACAAGGCACUGGAAGAUCAAGAAGAAAUUCAGAAACAAGACACAGAGGCCAUGGAUACCAGUGAAGGGGGUGACGAGGGGGCAGCUGCCCUAUUGUCUACUGACUGUAAUGGGGACAGCUCUCAGGAGAACAAGGAAGACAUUGACAUGGUCCAAGCAUCAGAGAUGGGAGAUGUUCCAACAGAAAUGUCAGAUUCACAACCACAAGCUUCUCAGUGCUAUUGUGGCAAAGGUCGAAACAUAGGCAGUGUGGAGCUCCAGUGUAAUGUGUGUCAAGGCUGGUUCCAUUCCCAAUGUAUCAGCUGUCAUAUCGGCAAGUGCAUUCCUUUCAUGACAAACUACCAGUUCAUUUGUAAAAAUUGUAACCAGACAGGCCUGGAGUCAUGUCAGAAGAAACAAGCUAGCUUUACACAGAUCUGCUACACUGCAGUAGCCAACCUGGUGCACACUGCAGAGAGCAAAGGGGAGGCCAAAACUUUCUUCUCAAAGGAGAGGGAGAUAAUUCCUUUCAUUGACAAGAACUGGGAAAGUCUAACAACAGUGUCUCGAAGAACCAAACAGACAUGGCACACCACUGUCUUCAAAACAAUGACCAAAGACGUUGACCUGUUUGUGUGUGAUGACUCCACAGGAGACUUCUGUUUCAGUCUGGUAAACCAGGAUCUGUCGAAGAUCGGCCCCAACAGUGAAGUCACCAGGGCCAGUCAGCUGAUAGGACAGCUUCCCAAGGCUCUCCCUGUGGUGGACAGUAAGGGACCCUUGCGGCCAAGAGGAAAGCACCCUUCCGAUAAUCAACUAAUCCAAGGAUCCAAGCAGAAGAGAAGUGAACUGAGUUCCACAGCCAAGCUCCCACCUCAUGGCUACCCCUUGGAGCACCCGUUCAACAAAGAUGGCUACCGCUACAUCCUGGCGGAGUGUGACCCCCAUGCACCCAACAGACAGGCGUUCGACGAGCCGGACUGGGCUGGGAAACCCAUACCUGGCUACCUGUACCGGACCUUCCUGUCCUCCCAUGUCCUCCUGGCUCUGCAUGAUAGAGUCAGCCUCCUUGUUGUGUCGGAUGAUCGGGUUGUCGGUGACGGGGAGAAGGGGUAUACUACUGUUCAUAGUACUAGGGGUGUACAGUGCGGUCGAUGGUACUUUGAGGCCAAAAUCACGGACAUGCCUGCUGAAUCAGCUGUACGAAUAGGAUGGUCACAAUCACUAGGUAAUCUCCAAGCUCCAUGCGGGUAUGACAAGUUCAGCUACUCAUGGCGCUCCCGGAAGGGCACACGCUUCCACCAGAGUCAUGGCAAACAUUACAGCAAUGACUUUGGCAAGGGGGAUGUCCUUGGCUUCUACAUCCACCUUCCACCUCCCGGAGAUUCAGGGAAGCUGCUACCUCCCACCUUCAAAGAUAGGCCGCUGGUCAAGUUCAAGAGCCACCUGUACUUCGAAGAAAAGGACUAUGUGACAGAGGCAGAGAAGUUGCUCAAGGAGUCGACCGACAGUGAGAUAAUCAUGUACAAGAAUGGGAAAUCUCAAGGCAUUGCAUUCACCGACAUAUUUGAAGGAGUGUACUAUCCUGCAGUCUCAGUAUUUAAAAACGCUACGGUGAAAGUCAAUUUUGGUCCCAAGUUCAAGUACCCACCGAAAGAUAUCAUGUUCCGACCUGUGUCAGAGGCUGCCCAGCAGGCUGUGGUGGACUACACUCUCUCGGACCUCAUCUAUCAUAUAGAGAAUGAGGGCAAGCUGCCCGAGUUCUAAUCUUUAGGAGGCCACAAUGUGCAGACCUAGGAGAAGUGAAGACAGAAAGAUUUGUCUGCUCUUGAGGACCGUGCAGUGUUCACACCUGAGCGUCUUCCUGGUGCCUCACAGUGCAUGACCUCACAGGACAUUACAUCACCAGACAGAACUGUAAAGUGAGGAAGAGUUAUCCCCCCUGACUUGAAGGGAGAGUUGUUCCCCUUGACUUGAAGCCAGGGAACCCUCUUCAGCACUGACAGUUACUUGUUGGACUGGACAUUCAACACAUGCUUUAAGCCUGUACAAAAUGGAGGACGGUUUAUCUCGAGAUUGCUGCAACAUCUGCUGAUGUGGAACUGACCUUUCGUCUCAAUUCGCAGUAUUAGCUUGUGUCACUAGUGCUGUGUUGUGAGGAAGGUGGCUUUACUAACCCGUGUAGUUCUGUGUGCACUCUCUAAACCAGCCACUAUCCCUUCUACCAUGUCGUCCGCUAGACGAAUGCUAUUAAAAGGACUAUUCAUUAAGUCUCAGCUACUAGAAUUUAAUCUAAGAUUUGUUUUCCGUAUUUUGUUUACCUAUUUAAAUAAAAGAACAGAAACUGACAAAGCCUGACAAGUAAUUUGCAAUAUAUAGUUGGGAGAAAACAUUUGUGUAGCCAUUUUCUUAUGAUGUCUGAGAUCUGUUUAUUUUGGCUCUCUGCAAAAAUAUAUGUCGUAAAACUCUAGUUAGGAUGUUCCAACAUGUGCACAGUUAUCCUCCAGGAUAGGCUACAUGUGUAGUUACAUCGUACAUGUAAGUGUAUGUGAUAGUAUAUGAAAAAGUUGAUUAGGAAGGAUAUUUUCUGUAAUCAAAUUUGAUGUAAGUUGUGCGUUGAUGUGAGUGUACCAAGUUGUGAUUGCUCGUCAGUUGUUUUACAGAAUAAUUGGUUAACUCUGAGAAGGAACCAGUCUUGAUAUUGUUGUUUUGAAUGUGUCAUUGCAUUUGUGUUAUAGCAUUGUUCAGUGAAUCAUGUCCAUGAUUAUUGUCUUUUUUUUAGAACUUUUACAUGAAACAAUUCAGUGUUGAUGUCCAUGUUAAAGAUUCAUGCCAAUGUCCUAUGAAUAAAUACUGAAACAGCGAUGUCCUAUGAAUAAAAACUGAAAGAGCGAUGUCCUAUCAAUAAAUACUGAAACAGCGAUG